CCAGAAGGCGGGCAUGUCCGUGCACCCGCCUGCAUCACCAUUCUCACAACUUCUUCGUCGCUCGCAGUUCGCAUCUUUCGACCCGUCAAUACGACAGACUUACUUGUCGCCGGCUCCCCACGCUAACCGUGGCGAUUGGGGUCUCAAGCGUCCCAUUCCCGUCCGACGCAGAAAUGCCUAUAUCACGUUAGCGGCACCUUAUGAGGCGCGGCAGCAGUUCACAGAAUGGACUCGUGGAGAAUCGCAAGUGCGGUUCAUUCGCCGCUUCGAAGAGAUGGAUACCCUGCCCAAGAUGGCUCCUUCAUCGUCGUGGUCCCAGAAUCAGGGCUCGAAAACGCUGAAAGAAUGGAUGGUGGAUUCCGAGUUUGGGACAAUGGAGGAGCGCCCGGAUGCUACAGAGGGGUGGACACAGAAGGAAAAGGCGGAGAAGGCGCUGGAUUUCUCCAAGACGCCAUUCGACGAGAAUCUGCCUGGUCUAGGGCGGAAAGGGCCUGGCGCAUACGGAGCAAACGCGAACCCAGAAAAUCUGUCGAAUCUCAGUCCAAAUUUCAUGGCCAUGACUUCAAAGGAAUUCGAACGGUAUCUCAAAACGCUGCGCGGCUUGCGUCCCGCUUUUGUCGAGUUCGUCAGGAAAGCCAAGAAGGCCGAUAAACGUCUCAAAAAAAAAACUCUGUACGAACUCGCGCAAAAGGGCGAAACGCCCCUGCUCAACAACGUGAAUGUCGCUACCGUACCACUUCCUCCGGUAACCCCCAAGUACCAGCCCAAUUUGCACCGGAAGUUCAUCGAAGCAAUCACCCACGACAAGUUCACAGAUCGUGACGCUCGGGAAAUCGAGCCUCAGCCACAUCCUGUUGGCGGCUUACUCUAUUCCCAUCCCACCAAGCUCCACUCUCAUCUCAUGUCUGACCUGCAGCCUGGUAUCAUACUGCAAGCAAACACUGGCUCAGCCGGUCAAGCUGCUCAUAUCGGUGCUAUCAGGAGUCAAAUCAAGCCCGGUUUCAUGACCAGCUUCGGUGGGCUCAAGGCCAAGCUGGAGGGAUUACCUGCUGGGAAGCAAGUUCUCUACGACGUCAACCGGGUUAACCCUAUGAGACGCCACGAAAUCGAUUUAUCGACCGCCCCCAUGCGUAUCAUCCCUGGAAGCGUCAUCGUCGAUACUCCUCCUCGGACCGUGGGCAGAAACCCAGCUGGUAUCAAGGGCGUGAGGAUUCAAGCCUCAGUCACCACGGAUUCUGCGUACAAGACGCUCACCAACUUCCAUUGGCCGGGAAGCGAUGAUUAUAUGUGUGCUGAUCCGCCAGAGUUGGAUAGGAAGGAACAAGCACUGAUGCAGUCACCUGUGGAGUUGCGAAGUGAGAGGCGGGUUUCCAAGGAGGUGACAAAAAAGCAUCAGGCUGCUGUCUUGGAUUCCCUCAAAUAUCUUUCGACCUCUCGUUCUAGGCCAGCUCGCAAGAUACGGCUAGAAGAGGAGCCGUAGACAAUCAGUUUAUCGUUAUCAUGUAAUGUACGGUCCUCAUCUACUUGACGUGCAAGAAAUAAUGAGCAUAAUAAGUACAAGGCUGUAAGACGACAUAUCAUACCAGUGACGUCGUAGGUUUUUAAGUCCCUUCCCGAUAGAAUGUGCUCGUAUCGAAG